CUUCAAGCCGUUCAAAUUAUGUUGACUUUUCUUAACAGACAACACUGUUUAUUUCUUUAUUUAAAACUUUUUAUAAUAUUUAUCAAAACAUUUUAACCCGUACUGGAAGAAAUAACAGAUGUUCGACAUUACCGCCCUCCAACAGAGUUUCCGAAAUUUAAGUGUUUAUCUCACGUUUAUUCCGUUAGGCGUUUAUGACCGCAAGUGCAACAGACGAACAGUGAAACUAUUUGGCGCCAAUUGAUAUUUAGAAGGUUUCAUUAGAGAACUAGAUUAAUUUUCACAAAUAAUAAUGCCACCAAAGAAAGGACAAAAACGAAUUGCCGCUGCUCCAGAAAAGGAGACGAAGCCUUUAAAGCGGACCAAAAAGCAAGAGCUCACAGUCACACCAAAUCUCCAUCCAGUAAAAGAAGGAGGAUAUGCCCUCGUAUUCGGGAAUGGGGAGGUCGGGCAGCUCGGUUUGGGACCUGACAUUUUCGAAAAAACCCGACCAGCCGUUCUUCCCGGCUUCGAAGACAUCGCCGCAGUCGUGGCUGGUGGGAUGCAUAGCGUAUGCCUGACAAAAACUGGAAAAGUUUUAUCGUUUGGCUGCAAUGAUGAGGGAGCUUUGGGGAGGGACACGUCGGAAGAAGGAUCCGAAACUAUUCCGGGAUUCGUGGAGCUCCCUGCCAAGGUCAUUCAAAUCUCAGCUGGAGACUCUCACAGUGCGGCUCUUCUGGAUGAUGGUCGCGUUUUCGCAUGGGGAGCAUUCAGGGAUUCACACGGGACUAUGGGCUUGACCCUGAGAGGCAAUGAAAAGCUUCCAGUCGAGAUAUUAUCUUCAAAAAUAGUUAAAAUUGCAUCGGGGGCGGAUCACUUGGUUUUACUUGAUACCCAAGGACUCAUCUACACCUGUGGCUGUGGAGAACAGGGUCAAUUGGGAAGGGUAUCGCCCAGAAGUUCGGACCGACACAGUAGGCAUGGAUUAGGACCUUUGCUCGUGCCUGCAUUGGUUGAAUUCAAAAUGGGCAAGAAGUUAGAAUUUGACGAUAUAUGGGCUUCGACCUCUUGCACGUUCGCCAAAUCGUAUCCUAAUGGGGACAUCUACGUGUUUGGACUAAAUAAUUACAAACAAAUCGGUUUGAAGGAAGGAGACGUACAUUUUCAUCCACGACUUUCAAAGACUUUCUUUGGAAAGAAUUGGAUACGCAUAUGUGGCGGCAUGCAUCAUACAAUUGCGCUAGAUGCGGACGGCAAAGUGUUCGUUCUAGGACGAAAAGAGUACGGACGUCUUGGGCUUGGUGCUAAUUGCGAGGAUGCGACGCAGCUGGAACAAGUCGUUGCACUCAAUUCUUCAAAGUGCAUCGACAUUGGAGCAGGAACUGCUCAGUCGUAUGCUGUGACAGAUUCUGGAAAAUUAUACGCUUGGGGUAUGGGGUCGGAUGGCCAACUCGGAACCGGAAAUGAUGAGGACGCAUUGACACCUGUGGAAGUAAAAGGAAAGCAGCUGGAGGAUAAGAAGUCGAUGAGAGUAUCGAGUGGUGGUCAGCACGCCUUACUUUUAGCGAUUAAAAGACGAUAACAAAAUUAAAGAUAAAUUGAUGAAUAAUACAACCGUGAUGUUGUAACAUAACCGCUGUGAAAAUUCGUAAAAUUCACAACUCGCGGAUGUAGGUAUAACUAAUGGGCUAACUUUCCAGUGAUGAGAAUCGGGCAUGCUUUGUACGUAAAUAUUCGUUUACGAAGUAAAAACUGUUCAAUCUUUAAUAUAUUGUUUUUUCGACUGAAGUAUUUGAUGAAUUAAUUUGUUGCUAGAAUAAACGAUUUCUUAUUUUCUAUCCAGAAAACUUCGGUCCGACUGUAUUUUUUGUAUUUUUAAACGUUAUCUACAUACUUUCUAGUAUUUUUUUUUCUGUGUGUAAUAUCUAUACAUUUACAUUUUGUUAUAGCGAUAAGAGUUCGAGUGUUAAGAGAGUUGCUGUAGAGAGCGUUUUUAACAAUAAGAUUUGACCAAUACCAAGUGUGUGUUCGGAAUGAAAUUGUGAAAUUUUUCAAUGAAACCACUCAUUGUUAUAGUAAUAAAUUUUUCCACGGUA